GCGCCAGUCGUGGUGGCGUAGUGCCGUGUGGCGGUCGUGUCGCCAGCCCGCGCGUCGUCGCGCGCACCCCGCUCCGCCAUGGAGCCCGUGCAGUCCAUGUGGUACGUGGAGGACGACGAUGAGGAGGACCUCCAGUUCAGCCCCGCGCUCAUGGCGCGCCGGGCCAGCGAGUCCUGGAUCAGCAGCGCCCCCGUCGAGAGUGUGCCGGUGACGUCGCCCCUGCAGCGCAAGAAGAGCCUCCCCGACGUGGCGGCCGCCCCCAACGAGGCCAUGUCCAGGGAGGAGGUGUCGGUGCUGAGCUCGGCGCGCCGGGAGGAGAUCCGGCGCCUGCAGGAGGAGAACGAGCGCCUCAGAGCGAACCCGCUCCUCUACCUCGUCAGCCCGCACGUCAAGGAUUGGUUCUCGCGGCAGCAGCUCGUCAUGCUGGUGCUCUUUGUCAACAUUUCCCUGGCCAUCAUGUUCUUCAAGCUACUGACAUAGUGCCGGCCCAGCUGGCUGUUUGAGUGGAUCAAAACUUGUGAACUAUUUGUAAAUACAUGUAAAUCUACUAAAAGGACGGGAGCUCCGCGCUGCCGACGUCGCAUCGAGUUGACUCCUCGAGUCCUGCGUGACCUGGGACGUGUCUCUUGGGAGGUUCUCAACCUCGCGCGUCGGGGAAGUUUCCUGUAAAUGGACGGAAGGAAGACGAUUAAAUUAAUUUACUGUACAUAAUUUUCGUAAUAAUGUAUUGUAAUGUCUCUCUGCGGAGGUCAGCGGUCUAUGUAUAGCCUAUGUUGUAUACAGUGUAUCUUUCAAGAAUUGCCUUUUUUUCUAAAUGAAGCAUAUCAUUGGUAACUCGUUCUCCUGUUAGAUACUCUAGCUGAGUAACACUGAUGUGCCUUUAUAGAUACACUUUAUUUUAGUACCUACUUUGUAUGACACGCAUUGUAGUUCCUAUAGACGAGGUAUGUGAAGUUGCCAAGUCGAUAUGAUUUCUCUGUGAAGACAUUAGCUGAAAGCAUCAGAAAAUGGAUACAAAGUUUUUGAGUUGCUAGAUUAUUUUCAAUUGCCACAUAGGAGGUCCCCAUUGCCACUGUGGUUUCCAUGUUGUCGAAUAAAUAGAGUCCAGCAUUCACCACGGCGAACGGGAAGUCUUAUGACUGUUUAAAAUCUCCGCCAGAAAUCGUAGAUCUGAAAUGGGAAGAUGAAUCCGUCAUAAUUUACAAAAUACACACCUGAACUUAAAUCGUCACAAACUUCGCACUACUGGGGGCAGGCGGAAUGCAGAACAUUAAGACAGUAACUUUUAACCGCCACGCACACUAAGUACAUUCCGAACAUACAAAAAAGUGUUUUUCCUUUAAAGUACGUGGAUUUUUAGGAAUGUAGGCAAAACUGCAAACCCAGGAUAGCUAAGUGUGGUGUUCUGAUGUGGGGAACCAUCGUUCAGGUGUGCAAAAGUGUGUUCAAUUGGCGAUUGUUGAUAUUUCCACCGUAUGUACCAAACAAUGUGAAAUUUACCUUAAUUCAUUUUUGUAUUCAACAUUGUUUCUUUUUAAUAUUAUUUGUAUCCCAUCCCUUGCUACCCCCGUGCCAUACACGGUGUUCAUGAUGUAUUGACGCCUCUCCUCUUCGUGUCAAUCCCUUAUCAUUACAUCCAUCUGUUAUUGUUUGAAUGUUAUGUUAUUUGAUUGUUGUUGUUUAAAAUGUAAUAAUUGUGAGGAAUAUGUAUUGCAUUUUUUUUUCUUUUGAGUUUUGUUUUAUGUUAUACUCUGGAGUCUGGCCGAUGUAGGCAAAUCCAUUCCACAGACGCAAACCCGCUGUGGGUUACCGUGGUAUCUGUAUCGUGAGUGUGCAAAAUGACGAGAAAUUUCAAUGCUAAUUGUUGGUACGCUUUGUUAAUGUCCCAACGCGUCAUACCGUGGGGCUGAUCAAAUCUUGUUCUGUAAAAAUGUAUUCACGCGUUGUUUCUUCUUUUUUUCCUCUGAAAAGAAAGAAAUUGUUGGCUUUGCCGGUCUGCCGGGCCUGCGCUGCUGCGGUGAAUGUUUUCUUGGCCUUACUCGUCUUUGCUUGCAAGCGCGCUUCGGGCCGUGCAGAGUGCUUACUUGUUUUUUGGCGGGAUUUCUGCCGGGAAGAGAAACACAAGAGUGUCCAUUGCAAUGUUCAGCCAACCUGACGGAAAAUGGUGUGGAGUAUUCCCCAGGCAGUCAUCAUUCGUUCGGUGGCGAAGAUGAGAAUGUAUGUUCGUUUAAUUUAGUUGUUUGGUGUUGUGAUAUCGCGUAAGAUCGGACGUCUAGGCUAAUUGUACAUUGUCAUGCUUUAUCAUUUCCGUCAUCUUGGCUGUGUGUUGCUGCAGUAUAUCAUUAUUUUGUUCACAUUGCCCCACCUGUUUUCAUUUGUUUUAAUGCCAUUGUCAUUGAUUGUUGUUGUUUUCUUUGUUUUUUAUUGUCGUUAAUUCAGUAAAACUGCCACUCGUCCUUGUCUGAAACGCUCCACUCUUUCGCUUGGUUUCCUGUAUUUAAAUAAUGAGAUUUGAAAGACGACUUGUUACUUAAAAGGAAAGGACAUCAGUAAAAUGCGCAGUACCAUUCACGCACUCAUCUCUAGUAA